AUGCAUGUCACAUGCUUCCCAAGUCCGCAUGUCCUUGCCCAAGUGGGCGAUGACCGUCAGACGUGUGGCCAAACCAAGGCGACGGCACAGGUGGUGGCGACGCCAGCGCACGAGUCGCCGCACUUUAUCUUCGACUUGGAUGUUACUGCUGACGCGGCUGUCGAAAGGAGCACCAUUGUGAUGGAUGGCAACGGCUUGAAUGUUGUUGAUGCAUCCCCUUCUCUGAAAUGCGCCGACCACAACGGGCAAGAGGACGACUCGGCACCACCACCUACCAUGACGUCGGUAAUAACGUUGCAGCAGCCUCGUUUGAUCCAUGCACCGUCAUCCAGAGACUUUGUGCCCUUGGAAACGCUUCUCGACAAUGCGUCUCGCACGAUGUACUCGAUCGUUCGGUCGCACAUUGUCCGCUGUAACAACCAUCGACACGACAACAACGAAGACAUCAACAUUGUCCUUCGCGCGUUGGAUCGCGCAAACGAGCGCAUCCAUGGCCUUGAACUCGACAACGCCCGCCUUGUCGAUGCAUUGGUCGACGCGGAGCGUCGAGUGAAAACAGCGGCAGACGAGAACGCAUUGCUGAAAGAAUCGGUGGAGGCGUCUCGACUGGAGCGACUUUUGCAUCAAGCCACGUUGCAGCACGUUGACAUCCUGCGGCACGAUCUACUCGCUCAAAAGCAAGUUCCGCAAAACGUGGUGCUGCCCGAGAUGGUGUGGCCGCCCGAGAUCAACGCCAAGUUAGAUCAUGUCGACAAACUACUCUAUACACUGCACGCGAUUCAGAACAAGUCGGGCGAUUUUUUAACAGAGAGCAGCAACAGCUUGCCUUGUGACGAGAUCAGUCCCCUUGAGCACGGCAUGCCUUCACCGCAAUGGCAAGCAAUGGAAUCCCGUGUGCACGAGCUCGUCCACGAGAUGCACAUGGCGACGCAGCACAUGGCCGACAUGCGAGCGUCGGUUGUGGAGAGCGUUCAUCGACAACUCGAUGAAGUUGAAGCUUUGCUGCGGCACGAAGUAAAAUCGGCAAAUCUCGUCCACGGCGCUUUAUCCCCAAGCAACCUCCCCUUGGACACGAUGGCGUCAACCGACCCGCCUGAAUUCCGAAAGUGUACCGUUCCUGCCUGUCCCAAAGGCGUGCGAUCGCGCGGGCUGUGCAAUGGCCACGGCGGAGGCAAGCGAUGUGAAGUCGCUGGAUGCGUCAAGUCGAAUCAAGGCGGGGGGGGUUUGCAUUGCCCACGGCGGCGGCAAGCGGUGCAACGUCGACGGGUCGCAAAAGCGCGGCGCAAACUCAAGGCAGCUGCAAACCCCACCGGUGCGUCAACUCCCCCACGAGCACGACCGAAUGUAGACGCCGCCACGAUGUAGGCACCAUGGCGACGGCUACCGACGUUGACAGCAGCGCCGUCGUAGACAACUCACACCAUGGGCAUGUUGCUGAUAUGCCCGAUGACACUGCAACCAAACCCGAAAUGAAAAUGAAGUGUAUGGAGAGACUCGAGAAGG